UUCAAUUAAGUUUUCUUGUGACUCUUUUUUAUAUUUACUAAUUUAUAAUUUUGGUUAUUUUAGGUAGUAUUUUUCAUUGAAGGAAUGGAAUUCUUUGGAUAUACAAUGUGUGGGCCACAAAUUUUUAUGAAAGAUAUAUUGAAAAAAGAUUAUCAUGAACCUAUGACGGAAAUCGAAGUUAAGGAGUUGUUAAAAAAACUUUCAAUGAGAUGUGGCGACAAAGAUAAUCAUCGAGGGUUAAAUGGUUUUGCAUACGGUUCAUUUCAACGGUUUUUGGAUAUGAAAAAAAGAGGUGUGAUAAAACCCCUAGGUCCAUGUGAUAUGUACAGAUAUCCUCCCACGUCUUCGCAUGGGUUUGGUUGGUGGCAAUACGACUCAUCACUAUCGGGGGAAAAUUGGUAUAAGGUAGUACCAAGAUAUCCACAGCCUGUUUCGCCGAAUUCAUUAAUCCUUGAUAAAGUUCGGAAAAACAAUAAAUACGCAACACUGUUUUAAAGACUUAAAGUAUUUAUAAUUGUAGCCACAAAGAAGAAAAUGUCCAUGCGAAAAGUCAAAUCUGUACACCAAAGAAUUAAUAAAUAAUGCUCCAUUUGUUCUAA